AUGUCUUUGAGGGAUCGCGAUCUACUUUAUCGUCUUAUUAUAAGCCAACUAUUUCAUGAUGGCUAUCAGGGAAUUGCCAUAGCCUUGAUGAAUGAAGUCAAUCCAUCGAGUUCAUGUGGUCCUUCUUCCAGACUCCUUAAAUUAACCAAGCUUGGACUUUCGAUCGCAGAUGAUGAACAAGAAAAGCCCUUCGUUCUUGAGGGUGAUAAUAUCGCCCCUGGAACUGGCAUCGACUUAGAAAUUGAGAGUGAAAGUUCCACCAUGGCUCCAGAAGCCGCUCUUUACGAAACAUGCUAUGUUACUGCCCACAAGGCAGCCUGCCGGACUGCAGCAUUUAACAGCACUGGUCAGUUGAUUGCUACUGGCUCCCAUGACUCCUCAAUAAAAGCAAACGUGGAGAGAAUGCUGGCUAAAGGUGUCACUGGUCCGGAGCAUGCUACUCAGGAAACGCCUCAACAGCAAAUGGAAUCCCAUCCAGUCAUUCGGACUCUGUAUGAUCACACUGCGGAAGUGACCUGUGUGGACUUCCAUCCAGACGCCUCUAAACAGAUUCUUGCGAGCGGUAGCAAGGAUUUCACUAUCAAGUUUUUCGACUUUUCAAAUCCAUCAGUGAAAAAGGCUCAACGCAGCCUUCCUGAAGCUUCGCCCAUUAAAACUCUCCACUUCCAUCCCUCUGGUGAUUAUCUCACGGUUGGAACACAUCAGAAAACUCUGCGGAUCUACAGUGUAGUAACUGGCCAGUGCUUCGUGUCUGCAGUUCCUGAAGAUCAACACAAUGCCCCCGUUACCAUGGUGAGAUGGGCACCCAAUGCAAAUUACUUUGUCUCCUCAUCUAAUGACGGCUCCUUUAAGAUUUGGGACGGAAUCUCUGGUCGAUGUGUCAACACCUUCCAAAAUGCUCACGAUGGUGUGCCUGUCUGUUCGGCUGUUUUUUCUCGAAAUUCUAAGUAUGUCUUGACUUCGGGAAAGGACAGUGUGGUCAAACUGUGGGAACUCUCAACUAGCCGUUGCCUCAUCAGCUAUACUGGCGCAGGAUCUAUCGGUCUUCAUUUACAUCGUUCCAAUGCUGUGUUCAAUCAUACUGAAGAUUAUGUUCUCUUUCCUGACGAAGCAACCAAGAGCCUGUGUUGUUGGGAUUCGCGCAAUGCUGAUCGCCAACGUUUACUUCCACUUAAUCACAAUGGACCAAUCAGGUGUUUCGUUCAUUCCCCGACAACGGCUGCAUUUCUCUCCUGCAGUGAUGAUAAUCGUGCAAGAUUUUGGUAUAAAAGGCAAAUGACUGACUAA